AUGGGUAAACUUGAUGGCUAUCAAAGUAUUUAAAAAAAAGUUGAUUUUCCAAUCGUGCCACUUGGUCGAUGCUUGAAACUGUUAAGAAAAACCAAAUUGACCAAUCAUUUUAUAUUGCACGAGAGUUUUAUAUGUGCCGGUGGGGAAAAAGACAAAGAUACUUGCCAAGGUGAUGGCGGAAGUCCUCUAAUAUGUCCACUUAAGAACAAUCCUAAACAAUAUCAUCAGGCCGGUAUCGUGGCAUGGGGACUCGGAUGCAACAAUGAGAUACCUGCCGUAUAUGUAAACGUGGCAAAGUUUAGAGAAUGGAUCGAUGAAAAGAUGGCUCAAGAAAAUUUCGAUACGAGCUUCUAUGAUCCGAAUUAUAUUCCCAACACGUCUGCUGGUGACUUCGAAUAGAGCUUGUAUAAUGCGAAUGCCAAUCCACGGGGUUUAUAAUUACAGUGUGCGCGGUAAAACAGAUUCAGAUUUGUAAACGUUAUUUAAAUUCAAUUGAUGAACGAACAAAUAAAAUACAAUAAGACAAUUUACUUUGAUUUAUAAAA